UCGGAACUUUUGGCGCCUAAAUAUUGAACAAUAAAGAUGAAAAGAAACCAAUUGUCUAACUUUACCAACGUUAUAGACGACGACGACUCAACGGACUCGCAACCUCUUUCAUUACCCUCAACAAACAAUGUAGAAGUUACAAGUAUAGGCUCACAAGAUGGAAUAGCUACUAACUUAAUUAACCCUACAAGACCCGAGCGAGGUACGGGGCAAAAAGGACACCUUCGGAGUAUUGAGGAGAUUGAUGAAAAAUAUCGAGAAGUUUUUAAAUAUCCAUAUUUUAAUAUUGUGCAGUCUAGAAUUAUUGACGAUGCUCUAUAUUCAGAUAAGUCUUUGGUGAUUUGCGCUCCUACUGGAUCAGGUAAAACUCUUUUAUUUGAAAUGGCCAUAGUUCAAUUACUAAUGGAACUUGAGGAGAAGAAAAUUAAUCAGGAUUUUAAAAUAAUUUACAUGGCUCCAGUAAAGUCCCUAUGUACUGAACGCUUAACGGAAUGGUAUCCAAAGUUCACGAAGCUUGGACUAUUGUGUAUAGAAGUUACUGGUGAUACAGAUGUUGACUUUCCACAAUUGAAGCCUUAUAGAAUAAUAAUAACGACCCCAGAGAAAUGGGAUAUGCUAACGCGUCGCUGGAAGGAUCAUACAAAUUUAGUUGAAGUUAUAAAACUAUUUCUCAUUGACGAAGUUCAUAUCCUGAAUGAUGAAGUACGAGGACCUGUUCUCGAAGCUGUCGUUAGUCGAAUGAAAACUAUUGAAUCUUCAGCAAAAGCAGCUCAUCGUAUAGGGAAACUGCAAAGGCAGUACCAAAAUAUAGUAGAUACUGUAGAUUCACCAGCUCCAAAAAUACGUUUUAUAGCCGUAUCAGCUACUGUAAGUAACCCUGAAGAUGUUGCCACUUGGCUCGGCACCCCGGAACAACCGGCUGUAUUUUACAAAUUUGGUGACGAAUGUCGUCCAGUGAAGUUGAACCUAGUGGUCGAAGGAUACCCUUGCGCUGAAGGCUCAAGCAUAUUCAAAUUCGAUAUUAUUCUUAAUUAUAAACUAUGGCCAAUCAUACAAAGAUAUCAUAACGGAAAACCCACUUUGAUAUUCUGCAACACCCGCAAGAGCGUAGCGUUGACCGCUGAAACAUUAUCCCGUGAGAUUACGGUCGGAUUCACUAACGACCAGAGGGCAAGGCUUGCGGCUCUAGCCUCCACAAUUAAGACUAAAAAAAUACAAUCACUUAUUUUAUGCGGAGUUGGCUGUCAUCAUGCGGGACUUUUAUAUGAGGAGAGGAUCAAUAUAGAAAAUGCAUUUAGGAAUAAGGAUUUGCCAAUUCUCAUUACGACAACUACCUUAGCAAUGGGCGUCAAUCUACCAGCCCACUUGGUGAUCAUAAAAAAUACACAACAAUACAUGAAUGGAGCAUAUCAGGAGUACAGUAUUAGCACAAUUCUCCAAAUGGUCGGUCGAGCUGGAAGACCGCAGUAUGAUACCGAGGCCACUGCUGUUAUCAUGACGAGAAUGGCAGAUAAAGCUCGUUAUCAAUCUCUCGUCGGUGGAAGUGAACCGCUUCAAAGUUAUCUACACAAGCGCUUAGCUGAGAAUUUAAACAGCGAAGCCUCUCUUGGAACAGUUACUGACGUCGCACAAUGUGUUGAAUGGGUCAACUCAACAUUUCUGAGCGUCAGAGCGGCUCGUGACCCCAGACGCUAUCUGGGACUUCCACAAAACGCUUCCAAAGAGCUUAUCACUAAGAAAAUAGAAGAACUGUGUAUCAAAGCCAUGAAUGGCUUAGCCACAUCCGGUCUCAUAACUAUGGACGAGGCGAGUUGUAUACAAUCGACCUAUGCGGGGCGGCUUAUGUCUGUUUACUAUAUUGAUGUUGAGACUAUGAAGACGAUUAUGAAGAUAGAAGGAACAGAAUCGCUUGAAAAAUUAUUAUGGCUUGUAUGCGAGAGCCAUGAGUUGGCAGACAUGCAUUUACGAGUCGACGAGCGAAGAUCUUUGAAUGCACUUAAUAGAAACACCACAGCUGCAACAAUUCGCUUCCCAAUGAAAGGAAAGAUUAACAGUAGACAAAUGAAGUUGAAUUGUAUUAUACAAGCGGUCCUUGGCUGUCUUCCAAUACCGGACCCGUCAUUAAACCAAGAAGCCUUUAAAAUUAUGAGGAUCGCUGAUCGAGUUUGUAAAUGUCUAAUAGCAUACGUAACAAGUGGAAAAGUAAUAGCAGAGAAUAUUAAUUGUUUUUCCUCGGUUUUGAACGCCGUGAUUUUGGCAAAAUGCAUAUCAGCUCAUAUAUGGGACAACUCGCCAUAUCUAAGCAAACAACUCAAAGGGAUUGGACCUAUGUUUAGUUCGUUACUCGCAUCUGCGGGGAAAACCACAUUCAUGCUGCUUGAAGAGAGUCAUCCCAGAGAUUUGGAACGGAUUAUGAAUAAAAGCGCCCCCGCAGGCAAUGAGCUAAGAAAACAGAUAUCUUUGCUUCCAAAAUAUCGGCUGACAAUCGUCCCUAUAGAUCAGAAAUCGGUCCGAAUUGAACUUGCCAUACUAAAUCAAGUGUAUUUAAUGGAAAACAUGGAACAUUUAACCGCUGGACCGAAUCACAAAUUCUAUUUAAUAGUUGGCGAUUCGGAAAAUAAUCUACUUUAUUAUUCUGUUUUUAAGUAA